AUGGACCCACGAGGUCCACCGCACAAGAGCACUUUUCUUAACUGUUUGAGCAAUAUCGAAACCACAAGGGAAGAUCCCUAUAAGGACAUAAUACCAAAAACUCGUACGCUUUAUCCACGUUUCCAGAAGAUCCCCAAAUCCUUACAGCCUUCUCAGGCUUUCAAAAAUCCGCCAAAAUCUAACGGCACUCGCCGCCCGCCAUGUGGCCAAAAUUUGGUUAUUCCGGAAACUGCAGAGUCAACCAAUAUCGCAACUCAGGCUCUUGUCUUCUACUUUUCUGAUGGGACGACAUACGGUUAUACGGAUUACGCAUAUGGAUGGAAUGGCAAUUGCAAUAAGCUAUACAGCCCGGCACCUGGGAAGGCAACUGUGGACUACGUUGAAUACUUACCCGAAUCAUCAGCAGUUCCUGGGGUUUUCUCCAGGAAUGUGGAUGAUCCAGAUAUUGGGCGGACAGAAGGUCUAGAGCUAAGGAAAGUAAUAAUAUAUCGGGACGCUCACUGCACCGAGGAGAUCGUGGAGAAAGUCCAAAAAGAGGAGAGCGAAGAUGGAAAAGAGGUUUCGGAAACUAUAGAAGUUCUGGAGUCGAUUGAGUUGGAUGUUCAGGAUAAGAUCCAGGAGAAUGGAAAGGGGAGUGAAGGAGAACAAGAUGCCGUUCAUUCCGAUUCAACACAUGUAUUCUUAAACGAUCAAGGGCUAAAUUUAGAUUCACCGGCAAGUUUCAGGCUCAUACUUGGAAGGAAGACGACGUUACCUACCCUGAUUGACCAAAUCCCAAUAGAAGGAGCAUCAGAAGAAGGAUCCUCAAUAAACGAGAACCCGGCCAAUAACGAAACUCAAGAACAACCGAACCCACCCGAGAUCGCAGGUGAAGAGACCUCAAAUGCACCAACGGAGGAGAUACUAACCGAAGAAGAGGGAGAGAUUAUAACAGAUUCCACAUCCUCAGACGGAAUCCUUAUCGAAGAGCAAGCAACUGAAGAGUCUAAUACAUCAAUUACUACCCCGGGUCAAGAUCGCGAUUCCGAAGAAACCAGCUCUGACGGAAGCUCCCCCAAUAAGCACUCCGAUGAAAACAAUUAUAUGCCCAGUAUUAACGAAGAAAGUCGUAAUGACGAUAAGGGACAGAUCUUCAACGAAGGGAGCCCCGAACAGCCCGCUUCAGAAGAUCAACAAUCUAGAGCAAAUGAAGAUACCGGAAAGUCGUCGACCCCACAAAAAGACGAUGAAGGUAGUGCAGAGAAAAAGUCCCAUGAGGAAAACGAAAAAAUAAACACGACAGAUGAGUACUUUACUGAACUCGAGAUUGAGGAAGAUGAUGACGAGGAAGAGGAAGAGGAAGAGGAAAGGGGGGAGGGGGAGGGGGAAACCGAAGGUGAAGAAAAAAAGGCUGAAGAUGAGGAUGAAGAGAAGGAGCAAAGGAACAGCUCCAAACGACCAGUAUACAACAUCUUCAAAAACAUAGAAACAGUGGUCGAGGAGCAGCAUGACGAAGAAUUCAAAGAAGAGAUACAUGAAAAGCCACAGCCCGAGGAGGUGCAAAAUAACGAAACAGAACAAAUAGAAAAGCACAAAGAAACAGAAAGUGAGCCGUCUGUCACUCCGACAGAAAAUUCCGCCUCAAUGCCCUCCGAAACCGUGCCCUCCGAAACCGAACAGCUAGAAGGAGUUGAAAACAAUCAGACUAAAGAAUCUGCCCCGCAAGAGCCUCUCCAAGAGAUACCCACGGAAAACCAGGAAAGCCCGCCACCAACCGAGGAACAACAAUCAAAAUCACCAUUUGAAGAAUCCGAAGAAAUUACCGCAGACAGUCCCCACCCAGAAGUUACUCCGCCUCCAAAGGAAGGACCCUCAGUUGCUGUAGUCACUGUAACAGUCCAUGUCGGAGAAGAGAACACCCCAGAACCAACUUCAGUUGAAGAGAGCCCAACAGCCACCACAGAAAAUACGGAAUCCCCCACAGUCGAAGAAACCGCGGUGGAGACGACCCCUAAUGUUCCAGGGUUGACUUUUACCCCCGACUCCGAGUACUGCGAUCCGAAGCAGCCCGACUCUUCCUGCUAUGUUGAAUGUGACGUUGAAGAUCCUUACUGCUGCCACCCGACAGACAAAGACUUCCCAGAUUGUUGCGAUCCUGAUGAUGAGGAAUGUUGGAGGCAUCAGUUCAUUCUUGACAAACCCGAUGAGGCUACACCUGCCACUACCGAAAGCCAACCAAACCAAACCACUGAGGCACCCCCUCAGGCGCAAGAGACACCAGCAAAAGAACCAGAACCCACUCUAAAUGAAAGCGCACCGGAACCAGAAAAACAAGAAGUUGCUCCGCAGCCAGCAAAAAGGGACCAGAUCCCGACUGGCCCGAGUGUAGGACACUUUAGCAGAGAAAUUUCAAACCAAGAUUUAACAUUUAAGCAAUUAGCGAAGUCAAGGUUAUUAAGGUUCUUACGUUAG